AUGAAUUCUCCAAACUUCACCGGUUCAAGUGUCACUGAGGAUCCGGAGAACUUUGUAGAGGAACUACAAAAGGUUUUUGAGAUUAUACAUAUUGCUGAUGUUGAGCGAGUGGAACUAGAUGCAUACCAAUUGAAGGGUGUCGCUAGAAUCUGGUUUGACCAAUGGAAGAAGAAUAAAGUUGAAGAUGCACCAAUUAUGAGUUGGUCUCAAGGUAGUGUGGCACUAGGAGGUAAUGGGACUCCUGCAUGUGCUAAGUAUGGUAGGACUCACUUAAGAGUGUGUCACGAUGGCUCUACUGGUUGCGUCAAGUGUGGUCAGAAUGGUCACUUCAUGAAAGAAUGUAUUGAGAACAUGCAGGGCGAUGGUAAUAGGGGCAAUAGAGCCCAAUCUUCUUCAGCGGCUCCACCAAACAGAGUUGCACCUAGAGGAGCUACUUCACAGAUAGACGAAGGGGCAAACCGUCUAUAUGCAAUCACCAGUCACCAAGAGUAA